UUUUCGGAAGUAUAUAAUGCAUGAGGUCAUGAAGAAGGAGGAAACAGAUCUCGAUAGCUAAGAUGGCGGAGGAACAGCAGGAAUCCUCGCAGGGAGAGAUGGAAGGAGUUAAUUGUCUCGCCUACGAUGAGGCCAUAAUCGCUCAACAGGACAGGAUUCAGCAGGAGAUCGCAAACACCAACCCGCUAGUGUCAGACAGACAGGACCUGUCGGUGCUGCAGAGAGAAUACGCCGAGGACGACACGGUUUAUCAACUCAAGCUCAAGGACCUAUACAAAAAGUACGCAUAUAUCCGCAAAACACGACCAGAUGGAAACUGUUUCUACAGAGCCUUCGGCUUCGCACAUCUGGAGUCGCUGCUAGACAACAGCAAAGAACUUCAGAAAUUUAAAGCAGUGGCAGCUAAAAGCAAACUAGACCUGGUUAACGAAGGCUUCACUGAGUUUACCAUUGAGGAUUUCCACAACACGUUCAUGGACUUGAUUGAACUGUGUGAGAAACAUCCCGGCCUGCAGGAGCUGCUGAACUCUUUCAACGACCAGAACAUGUCCGACUACGUUGUUGUUUACCUGCGCCUCCUUACCUCAGGCUACUUGCAGCGAGAGCAUGGCUUCUUCGAGCAUUUCAUCGAGGGAGGACGAACCAUCAAGGAGUUCUGUCAGCAGGAAGUAGAGCCUAUGUCUAAAGAAAGUGACCACAUUCACAUCAUUGCCUUAGCCAAGGCCCUGAAUGUAUCCAUUCUGGUGGAGUACAUGGACAGAGGGGAAGGAGGGUCUGUCAAUAACCACAUCUUCCCUGAAGGGGGCGACCCACGCAUCUUCCUGCUGUACAGACCAGGCCAUUACGACAUCCUGUACAAAUAACACUCCUGGGCCUCAUCAGAUCACAUCCUCCUCAAGCUGCGCUCCGCAGGGGGAGCGUUUAAGAAAAAACAAACAAAAAAUAACAUCAGCUGCCACGUUGAUUUACAAAUCGCAUCUGUGUCUGAGAUGAUUCUCAUUUAUUUGGAAAUAAAACGAUAAAAUCA